UCAUUUACUUGGUUAUUGUUUAUAAUUCAAUUUACAAAAACUGUAACUGAAGAUUUCUUAAAGUUAAAUUUUUCUAUGAAAUAAGUUAUACGUAUAUGAAAAAUAGAACAUGAUAAGUUAUUUCAGAUAGUGUUUAAAAUUAAGACAGUUGAGUAUACAAUAUCAUGAUGGAGGAUGAGAUAAAAGAGUUGAAAUCAGUAUUGCGAUCAUUAGUGGUGUCCAGUCCAACACAGGUGGAUGUGCGUACUCUUAUGAGAGACUACCGCAGCAUGGUGGGCAGGGCGGUACCAAUUACACAGCUAGGCUACAAAGAGCCCGUGCAUUUCCUAAGGGAAAGAUGUAGCGAUUGUUUCCUGUUUCAUGGCGACCCACGCAACCCCGUGCUGACCCUCAUUGUGCCCGACACAUUGAAGCAUAUUGAUAAGUUUGUACAAAAGCAAAAGGUGUCCAAUACAAUAAAGCAUAAAGGAAAAAGAAGGAGUGUCGCCGCACCCUCGCUACCGCCUUUAAAUAAUCUUAUUUCUAACACAUUUUUGGCAAAAGAAAAUGAAAGGCCAGGAAUGGCCGCAACACAACAAGAGGACAGAGAUACUGUGAUACACGACCUAGCAGUAGAAAGUCAUAGUAGUCAGGGCACAGAAAGUAAUCCAGUUUAUAAUGGUACAUCACACAGUGCAAUGGAAAAGUUCAUGAAGAAGCGCAUGCCCCUGUGCACCAGCGUCGCCUCCCUCGGGGACGCAGACUCCGGCCUCCACACGCUCUCCAGUGGAAGCAGCACUAAGUGGACGCAAUUUGAAGAAUUGAAAUGUGAAAUUAAAAACAUUCUUGAAGAUCAUCCCGAAGGAAUUUGGUGCACGGAUCUCGUGGCGCUGUACAGGCAGCGGCAUGGGCGCGAGCUGCAAUUGGCGCGCUUCGGCUUCACCAGCGUGCUCAGCCUGGCCUGCGCCCUCGCCGACACCGUGCGCGCCUGGCGGCCCCGCGGCGCCGCCGACUGGCGCCUGCAGCACCCCGCCGCCCCGGCCCCGGCUCCGGCCCCCGCCCCGGCCCCGGCCCCGGCCCCUGCACCAGCCCCCGCCCCCGGCCCCGGCCCCGGGCACAUCGACCCCGAUGACGCGCUACCCGGCGUCGACUAUGACCCCGACGUGUUCCCGGAGGACUGCGUGCACUUGAUGGAGAGCAUCCCGGCGGCGCCGCUGGCCGGCGUGGCGGCGGGCGCGCACCUCGAGGUGAUCGUGGGCGAGGUGUACUCUCCCUCGCACUUCUGGCUCAUCCGGCUCGGCGAGCAGCACAGCGUCGCCAUGGAGGACAUGAUGGACGAGAUGACGGAGUACUACGCGCGCGGGGCGGGGCGCGCCCGCCGGCUGGCGCGCGGGGCGGUGCGCGUGGGCCAGUACUGCAGCAGCUGCUACGAGGGCGACUGGCACCGCUCGCUCAUCGUCAAGCUGGUGGACAGCGACACCGUCAAGGUGCGGCACGUGGACUACGGCACGGUGGAGCGGUGCGCCGCGACCGAGCUGCGGCCGCUGCUGCGCCGCUGGGCCGCGCUGCCGCAGCAAGGUCUGCGCGCGCGCCUCGCCGCAGUGCGCCCCCCCCACGCCGGCCGUCGCUGGCCGCGCGCCGCCGCCGCCUUCCUGUUGCGCGCCGUCACCCAGCGGCAGCUCGUCGCCCUCGUCUCCGCCCGCAGGGUGAGUGCUCGCUACACCCCCACCCCCACCUCCACCUCCACCUCCAUAUAA